UUAUUUCCAAGGAAAAUGGAGUUUUUAAGAUAUGUUGAUAUUUUUAUUGAUGGAUUUCCAUUAUCUACUUCACUUUCUAUGGAUCAAAUUUUAAAUAUAAAAACAAAUUUAGAAAAAUAUCGUUUCGGCCCAAAUACUUACAAUUUAUUUAAAAAUAAUUGCAUAGACUUUGCCUAUACCUUUCUUUGCUGUAUUGCAUCAAAUGGAGAAUUAUUAAAUAAAAAUAAUUUACCAAAUGAAAUUAGACAGCCAUGGAUUACCGAACCUUUUAGAAAAUUAAAUAAAAAUGUUAUAAAAUAUUUAAAAAAAAAGAAGAAUGUUUAUCGUUUAAAUACUCAAGAAAAUAUGAUUUUAAAUUCAAUUUAA